CAUGGACCUGGAGGGUGCUACAGCUAAAAUACUGUCUGAGUGGAAGUGCCGUGAAAGCGCUUUUGGAGAGGAUCAGGACUCGCUUCAGUCCACCUCACCGGAGUCCUCCAUGGACUCCAUGUGCUCUUCCCCGGAGAUGUGCUACUCCAGCGGGCAUCCGGACAUGAUUUCUUUCGGCUUCACUGGACGCAGGGCGACUCCAGCAGCGCAGAGGCACGGCAAGCCCAAGAUGUCCACCAAAAGACGCAUGAAGGCGAGCGAGAGGGAGAAGAUGCGGAUGAGGAGCCUUGCAGAGGCCCUGCACCAGCUCCGGGACUACCUACCGCCGGACUACAGCAAGAGAGGCCAACCCCUGACCAAGAUACAAACCCUCAAGUACACUAUUGAAUACAUCAACAAGCUUUCAGACAUCCUGAGCCGCGCGUAACGGACGCAAUUGGACCUUUUACGCACAAGGUUCACAUUCACUUGGACAUUUCAUGGAGUUAGUUUUAUAUAUUUUAUGAAUAAUGUAUCAGAUUUACUCUCAUCUGGACAUUUAAUUGAGUUCGUUGAUGAGUUAUAACAUCUUUAAAUCAUUUGAUAUCAUUAAUUAUUUCUCUCCUUUGCCCUUCUCCUGGUGUAUAUAUUGUUUAGCGGGCACUUGGCAAUUAUUUUGUAUAUGAGGAUGCCUUUGUUGGAGUUAUGAAUUCAGUGUUUGGAAAGAGAGUUUGUUGUAUGUUUGUGUUUGGUAUCUUAAUGGGUGUGAAAUAGAGCUUCACUGCUAUAUGCCUAUAUGUUUGUGUUUGUGUUGUGUGUUGUUUCUGGUGUAUUUUUGAGUUAAGUAGCUGCAUGAUAUUUUAAAGUUGUGUUGUGUCUCAUUAUUAUUAAAUAAUAAGACCUGUUUUUUUUCUUUUUCUGAAAUGAAAAGUUAAAUUUAGGGAUGCACUGGUACUGAUAUUGGACAUCUGGCCGAUAUUGACUCAGACAGCUGGAUUGGUAACAAUAGGGCAGUCAAAUGCUAUGCUAAUGUACAUUAUAUAAUGGAAUUUCAAAUCCUGUUUAGGUUUUGAUCCAAUUUGUUGCUACAAAAGGUUUAGUCUCCAUUUUAAUUGAAAUCCCUGUAAAUUCUGAGAGUUUGUUUUUUUACAAAGUUGCUGAUGCACUUCAUCUGCAUUUAUUAUUUCAAAAAUUAACAAAUCAGUAAUGACUUAGUAAGCAAUGUUUGACCUGUUAGUGUUCCUUGACCCAUAUAUGGGACAUAAGGGGUGUUACUACACUGUGAUGCUUAUGUACAAAACCACUGUGUUUGAGUUGAUAUUCAUGCUACAUAAUUGAAAAGCUAAGAUUCUUGUGAUUCUAUUAAUUAAAACCACAUUUUAACAUUUUAAGAUACAACCACAGCAGCAAAAUGUUACCUUUCAUUAGAGCUCAGAAUGAUGACUGUAGGUUGCAGGGUUCAAAAUUUCUGGACAUUUGGAAUGUCACCAUGGUUACAGAGGAUACUAUUGGAGUCUCCAUAAAUACAUAAUCAUAAUAAUUAUAUGUUAAUUAAAAAAAUCUGUGUAAAAUAGUUUUUUUUUUUGAUAUCUUUAUCAAAUUUGAACUGGGAGUAAGUAAUACUUUAUGUUUUGUCCCGAUGUGUUUUCCAGCAUAUUAAGGAUCUGCAGGCCUGUUGUAUUUACCAAAUAUAUUCAGGCAGACAAUAAAAAAAAAACUUUUUUUU